CUUCUCUUUCAUGCCUGUGCCUCUUCAUUUCUUUAUGAUUUUUUUUUCUCAACACCAUUUCAAUCACUGAUUUUGCCUACCUGUAUUACCAUUAAUGUGCCGACAAAAGAGAAAAAUGUAAGUUCUUGUUUGAAGAACUCGGGAAGUUAUUACUAGAUUGAUUGGAGGCAUUUGAACAAAAAUAAUCCCCCCACUGUCUUUGACUUUGUGUGAUUAUAUAUGGGCUGAGGUGCACAUUUCAUGGGAGGUGUAGAUGAUGAUGAACCACCCUCAAAACGCAUGAAAUUAUCUUCUGGAGAGUUGAGAGGCCUUCCCAACGGUUCGUCUCUUACAGAGCCCGUGGGCGGCUCUUUGAGAGACUCUAUGGCUUGUUCCCUACCAUCUGAAGAGAACGAAGAGAUGGUUGGUUCUAGAGGAAUUAUUAAAAGAGUGGAAUUUGUCAGAAUCAUAGCCAAGGCAUUAUAUUCUCUUGGUUACACAAAGAGUGGUGCUCGUCUGGAGGAAGAGUCAGGAAUUCCCUUACACUCUUCUGUGGUCAGUCUGUUUAUGAAUCAAAUUCUUGAUGGCAAUUGGGAUGAAAGCGUGCUCACAUUGCAUAAAAUUGGUCUACCAGAUGAAAACAUUGUUAAAUCAGCAUCUUUUUUGAUAUUGGAGCAGAAGUUUUUUGAACUUUUGGAUGGAGAAAGGGUCAUGGAGGCUUUGAAGACAUUGCGAACAGAGAUUGUUCCUCUUUGCAUUAAUAGUAGUAAAGUCUGUGAGCUUUCUUCCUGCAUUGUGUCUCCUUCACAGUCUGCACUAGUUGGAUGUCAUAGUCAAGGUGCUGUAAGGGCAAAGUCUCGAUCAAAGCUACUGGAGGAAUUGCAGAAAUUGCUUCCCCCAACAGUUAUGAUACCUGAAAGAAGAUUGGAACAUUUAGUUGAACAGGCGCUUGACUUGCAACGAGAUGCUUGCAUGUUUCACAACUCUCUGGAAGGGGAAAUGUCACUAUACACUGAUCAUCAAUGUGGAAAAGACAAGAUUCCUUCUCGAACUUUACAGAUAUUGCAAGCACACAGGGAUGAAGUCUGGUUUUUGCAAUUUUCACAUAAUGGGAAAUACUUAGCGUCAUCAUCCAGUGAUCGAUUGGCAAUCAUAUGGGAGGUUAAUGUGAAUGGUGGAGUGUCCUUAAAGCAUAAACUAUCAGGUCACCAAAAACCUGUAUCUCAUGUUUCAUGGAGCCCUGAUGACCAUCAACUCCUCACCUGUGGUGUAGAGGAGGCUGUCAGGUGCUGGGAUGUCUCUUCUGGUGAAUGCCUCCGCAUUUAUGAAAAAGCUGGUGUUGGCCUUGUCUCCUGUGGAUGGUCUCCUGAUGGGAAAUGGGUGUUCGCUGGCAUUACUGAUAGGAGCAUCUGCAUGUGGGAUUUGGAUGGGAAAGAGUUGGAAUGUUGGAAGGGGCAACGAACUCUUCAGAUUUCUGACUUGGAAAUAGCAAGCAAUGGGAAUCAGAUUAUGAGUAUAUGUAAAGAUACUGCUAUACUAUUAUUUGACAGGGAAGCAAAAGCUGAGAAAUUUAUCGAGGAGGAUCAUACAAUUACUUCAUUCUCAUUAUCAAGGGAUUGCAGGUUCCUUCUGGUGAACCUUCUUAACCAAGAAAUCCAUCUAUGGAACAUCGAAGGUGAGGCCAAGUUUAUUGCCAAGUACAAAGGUCACAAACGAGAACGAUUUAUCAUUAGGUCCUGUUUCGGUGGUUUUGAGGAAGCUUUUAUUGCUAGCGGUAGUGAGGACUCACAGGUAUAUAUUUGGCACAAAAGCUCUGGAGAGCUGAUAGAGGUCUUGCCAGGUCAUUCUGGAUCUGUUAACUGUGUUAGCUGGAAUCCGGCCAACCCCCACAUGUUGGCAUCAGCCAGUGAUGACCGAACAAUUCGAAUAUGGGGCUUAAAUAAGAUAAACAUGAAGCGCAAGGGCACACACCCAAAUGGUACCCACUAUUGCAAUGGAGGAACUUAAAAGAGAUGAAAAAACCAUGGUAUCUUUGGUUAUUUAAUAGGUCUUUCUUGACCAUUGCUUUAUGUAAAUACUUUAUCCUCAUCUCAAUCUGACAUUCAUAUCAAACAAGCAUGUGAAUUGUGCAGCUUCUUGUGAUAAUAAAUCAUCUACUGCUUCAUUUCUAUAUUUGAUUAAUUGAUCAAUUGAUUAUUA